AUGAAGUCAGCAAACCCAGACGUCCAGCACUUCCUGGCCAUCCCCUGGUGCGCGGCACACCUCAACGAACCAGACACGGUCCGCGACACGGUGCCCUCGCGGUUUCCCAAGCAAAACACAGAGGACCAGCUCUUUUCCACGACGCUCAACACGGCGGAUACGAUUGCCGCGUUUCUGACAUUUUACAAGCGGCCGUCGUCGUCGCCCCCAACCCUCAUCCGCCAACUCAAAGCCCUGCUCACCCUCCGCAGCGGCAUAAACGGGUACCCCUCCGUCUCGCACGGCGGCAUCGUCGCCACGAUCCUGGACGAGACGAUUGGGCUUGUGUUUUCCGUGAACAAGAGUAACGGGCUGAUCCCGGACGCGGCGUACAUGACGGCGUAUCUGAAUGUGACGUACGUCAAGCCUGUGAGGACGCCGCAGACGGUGCUGUGCGUUGUGGAGGUUACGAGGGUUGUGGGGAGGAAGUGGUGGAUUGAUGCGAGGAUUGAGGAUGAGGGGGGGGAGGUGUUGGCGAGGGCGGAGAGUUUGUAUGUUAGGUUGGUUGAGAAGUUGUGA